GUGCGCAGGCGUGGCGGGCAGUGCGCAGGCGCAGGGCCGAGAGCGGGCUGAAGCUGCUGAAGCGGCGGCAGCGGCGGCUCCAGCAGAGGGGCGGGAGCUGAGGCGGGAGCGGACGGGCUGGUGGGCGAGCAAGAGGCCGGCGGAAUGGUGGACUACCACGCGGCGAACCAGUCGUACCAGUACGGCCCCAGCAGCGCGGGCAAUGGCGCUGGCGGCGGGGGUAGCAUGGGCGACUACAUGGCCCAGGAGGACGACUGGGACCGGGACCUGCUGUUGGACCCGGCCUGGGAGAAGCAGCAGCGCAAGACCUUCACAGCCUGGUGCAAUUCCCACCUGCGGAAGGCGGGCACACAGAUCGAGAACAUCGAUGAGGACUUCCGAGACGGCCUCAAGCUCAUGCUCCUGCUCGAGGUUAUUUCAGGGGAGCGGCUCCCCAAGCCGGAGCGGGGCAAGAUGAGAGUGCACAAGAUCAACAACGUGAACAAAGCGCUGGACUUCAUCGCCAGCAAAGGCGUCAAGCUGGUCUCCAUCGGGGCGGAAGAGAUCGUAGAUGGCAACGCGAAGAUGACGCUGGGCAUGAUCUGGACCAUCAUCUUGCGGUUUGCUAUCCAGGACAUCUCUGUGGAAGAGACCUCUGCCAAGGAGGGGCUCCUGCUGUGGUGCCAGAGGAAGACAGCUCCAUACAAGAACGUCAACGUGCAGAACUUCCACAUCAGCUGGAAGGACGGCCUUGCCUUCAAUGCCCUGAUCCACCGGCACAGGCCCGAGCUAAUCGAGUAUGACAAGCUGAGGAAGGAUGACCCAGUCACCAACCUGAACAAUGCCUUUGAGGUGGCCGAGAAAUACCUCGACAUCCCCAAGAUGUUGGACGCAGAAGAUAUUGUGGGCACUCUGAGGCCAGAUGAGAAGGCUAUCAUGACUUACGUCUCCUGCUUCUACCACGCUUUCUCGGGGGCUCAGAAGGCCGAGACCGCCGCCAACCGGAUCUGUAAGGUGCUGGCCGUGAACCAAGAGAAUGAGCACCUGAUGGAGGAUUAUGAGCGGCUAGCCAGCGAUCUGCUGGAGUGGAUCCGGCGUACCAUCCCCUGGCUGGAGGACCGCGUGCCGCAGAAGACCAUCCAGGAGAUGCAGCAGAAGCUGGAGGACUUCCGCGACUACCGGCGUGUGCACAAGCCACCCAAGGUGCAGGAGAAGUGCCAGCUGGAGAUCAACUUCAACACGCUGCAGACCAAGCUGCGCCUCAGCAACCGGCCCGCCUUCAUGCCCUCCGAGGGCAGGAUGGUCUCGGACAUCAACAAUGGCUGGCAGCACCUAGAGCAGGCCGAGAAGGGCUACGAGGAAUGGCUGCUGAACGAGAUCCGCAGGCUGGAGCGGCUGGACCACCUGGCUGAGAAGUUCCGGCAGAAGGCCUCCAUCCACGAGGCCUGGACUGACGGGAAGGAGGCCAUGCUGAGGCAGCGGGACUACGAGACGGCCACCCUGGCAGACAUCCGGGCCCUCAUCCGCAAGCACGAGGCCUUCGAGAGUGACCUGGCCGCACACCAGGACCGCGUGGAGCAGAUCGCGGCCAUUGCCCAAGAGCUCAACGAGCUGGAUUACUAUGACUCCCCCAAUGUCAACACCCGCUGUCAGAAGAUCUGCGACCAGUGGGACGCCCUUGGUUCUCUGACCCACAGCCGCAGGGAAGCCCUGGAGAAAACAGAAAAGCAGCUGGAGACCAUCGACCAGCUGCACCUGGAGUAUGCCAAGCGGGCCGCGCCCUUCAACAACUGGAUGGAGAGCGCCAUGGAGGACCUGCAGGACAUGUUCAUCGUCCACACCAUCGAGGAGAUUGAGGGCCUGAUCUCAGCCCACGACCAGUUCAAGUCCACUCUGCCUGACGCAGACCGGGAGCGCGAGGCCAUCCUGGCCGUCCACAGAGAGGCUCAGCGCAUCGCUGAGAGCAACCACAUCAAGCUGUCGGGCAGCAACCCCUACACCACCGUCACCCCGCAGAUCAUCAACUCCAAGUGGGAGAAGGUGCAGCAGCUGGUGCCCAAGCGGGACCACGCGCUGCUGGAGGAACAGAGCAAGCAGCAGUCCAACGAGCACCUCCGCCGCCAGUUCGCCAGUCAGGCCAACCUCGUGGGGCCCUGGAUCCAGACCAAGAUGGAGGAGAUUGGACGCAUCUCCAUCGAGAUGAAUGGGACCCUGGAGGACCAGCUGAGCCACCUGAAGCAGUAUGAGCGCAGCAUCGUGGACUACAAACCCAACCUGGACCUGCUGGAGCAGCAGCACCAGCUCAUCCAGGAGGCCCUCAUCUUUGACAACAAGCACACCAACUACACCAUGGAGCACAUCCGCGUGGGCUGGGAGCAGCUACUCACCACCAUCGCCCGCACCAUCAAUGAAGUGGAGAACCAGAUCCUGACGCGCGACGCCAAGGGUAUCAGCCAGGAACAGAUGCAGGAGUUCCGGGCCUCCUUCAACCACUUUGACAAGGACCACGGUGGGGCGCUGGGGCCCGAGGAGUUCAAGGCCUGCCUCAUCAGCCUGGGCUACGACGUGGAGAAUGAUCGGCAGGGUGAUGCCGAGUUCAACCGCAUCAUGAGCGUGGUUGACCCCAACCACAGUGGCCUCGUGACCUUCCAAGCCUUUAUCGACUUCAUGUCGCGGGAGACCACGGACACAGACACAGCCGACCAGGUCAUCGCCUCCUUCAAGGUCCUGGCUGGAGACAAGAACUUCAUCACAGCUGAGGAGCUGCGGCGAGAGCUGCCCCCUGACCAGGCCGAGUACUGCAUCGCCCGCAUGGCACCCUACCAGGGCCCAGACGCAGUGCCUGGCGCCCUCGACUACAAGUCUUUUUCCACAGCCCUGUAUGGCGAGAGCGACCUGUGAGGUCCCCAAGACCCUGAGCACCCCCUCCCCAUGCCUCCCGGAGGGGCUGGGGAGCAGCACCCCUCUUCUGACUCUGUAUCUAUGCAAAGCACUCUGUCAGUCCUUCUGGGGGUGGGCAGGUGGCCAGGGAGGGGCUGGGGCGGGCUCUCUCCUCUCUCUCUGCAGGUUGGCCAGCAGGGGCUGCCACAGCUAUCGGGGUGGGUUGAGGGCUCCUGGAUCUGGGGAGUGUAACCGAUGGGGCAUUGUGCUUUUCUAACCCACAUGAGGACAACGGAGUUGUCCCCUAACCC